AUGUUAUUCUUUAUGGUCGAUAUCGUUCGUCAUAGUCGAAGAAUAAAUUUAAACACUAAUAAAUCAAAAAGAGGUUCUCACUUGAAUAUAAAUGGUCCAGUUGGUCGUAGUGAUGUAUUAACAGCCAUUGCAAAAACAACACCGCAUCAUGAUUUAAAAUUAUUUGAUGAUCUUGAAUUAGAUGAGACACGCGACAAAAUCCAUUCUCUAAGUGAACAGCAUGUUGAUGACAAUGACAAUGGUAGUGAUUUAGAAAAAUCAUUAGAGGAUGUAUCAUCGCCAGUAAAACGAACUGUUAAUCUUCAGCGUUCGAGAAACACCGACGAUCGUCGAUCAGCAUUAGAUACAGGUGGAAUAAAUAAUCUUCGUGCAUACAUUAGACAUCGGAAAGAUAGUAUUGUACAACAUGUGAUUGGCUACAAUUACGAUGACAAGUCAACAGCCGGCGGAUUAUAUAUUAGGGUGGGAACAGGAACUCUUUCAUUAGUAUCAAUGUUGUCCGCACAAACCCGCUUAAGUGCCAAUUUAUUGCAUUAG